UGCGAUAAACAAAUGUUUGCCGAAUUUUACACAAAACUACACCAAUUUUUCUAGUCCGAGUUUUCUUCGGUUAGCUUGUGGAACAAACCUAAUUCAGCAUUUUUCAUCACUUAAAAUUAGAAAUCGAUUCGUAAUUAUUGGUAGUUGCAACAGAAAAAUCGAUUCCCGUAUCUAAGGGUUAUCGGAUUAUCUCAUCUUAAUUUGUUUAUAAAACUGCAAUGAGUUUGGCUAUGGCAAAUAUAUGUCGGGCGUGUUUAUGUAAAAAGCAGUUUAAAGAGCUUUAUGAUUGGUAUAUGCCGAUGGACGACAUCAAUGAACCACUAACGUUAAUGGAAUGCUUUCAAUUAUGUACACAACUGGAUGUAAAUAAGACGUCACCAAAAUCCCAAAUGAAGAUGCAUUACUUAUGCAAGGACUGUGUACAUGAGCUAAUAAAUGCAUUCAGAUUCAUAAGAAAAGCACAAAAGUCUGAUCAGGAGCUAUGUAGAUAUGACACUGGAUGUAAGCAUCAAUCAGAACGUUUCGAGUGGAUAAAUAUGCAAGAGUACGAUGAUUCCAAUUGUUGCGAAUCUGAGCAAGUAUCACAUGAAGAGCAUUUAGCUAUUGAAUACUUAAUUGAAGAACAAAGAGAAGCUCACGAUUUAGACACUUUGAAUAGUUCCCCCGAAAAUCGGCAGUCCACAAACAACAACAACUCGGAGAAUUAUUUACUCACGGAAAUGGAAGAAACAGAAUUAUGGCAUUUAAAGAAUUCCAAGAAGAAUGUAUGUUUAGAGGAACGCCUCAAAUAUAAACCCAACAGCAUCGAUGAUCCGGAAAAGGAAUUAUCACGAAUGGCUCCAGAAAUAGCGUCUACCUUUGAAGAUGCAGUUGGAAUGAAGAGGCACGAACAGACCCAUCAGGCGAAUAGAAAGAGGUCUAUAAGUUGCAACGAGUGCCAGCGAAAAUUUUUUACUCAAAAUGCAUACAAAACCCAUAUUAAAACUCAUGAAGAAAACCGGAAACCCCAAUUCAAAUGUGACCAGUGCGAAAAAUCUUUCUUUUACAAAGGCGGUCUAAAGCUUCAUAGACAAUGCCAUACUGGGCUUUCGUUGAAAUGUAAAGUUUGUUCAAAGCAGUAUCCGCGGCCUGUUGAUCUUGAAAUCCAUCUAAGAAGUCAUUCUGGCGAACUACCAUACAAGUGUCCGAAAUGCAAUAAAUGUUUCAAGUAUGUUCAUGUUUUGAAUAAGCACGUCCGGCAUCAUGAAGGUCAUCGUUAUAAAUGCAACUUGUGUGGAAAAGAGUACGCUCAUCAAUCAACAAUGCUACAGCAUCGUAAAGAGCACACAGGCUUACCGUUGCGAUGCUCUAUAUGCGACAAGGGAUUUGUAAAAAAAUCAAAGAUGCGACGCCAUAUCGGCGGUGUUCAUAAAGUGACGGAUGUCGAGGAAAUCGAUCAGCUUAUUGUAAAAGUAAAAACAAAAAGCAUUUACCGGGGACGUGUAACAGAGAUAUAAUCAUUAAUAAUAAGAUAAGAUAUAAUCAUAAAAAAC